GAUCGAUUUAGGGUUCGUUUGAUUUUUCUGUGAUUGCGACAGCUAGAGAUCUAUCUCUGGUGGAUUUUUGGGUUUAUGUUCCAUGGCGGAUCGCGGAUCUUUCGGAUUUGCUCCUCGAUUAGAUAUCAAGCAGCUGCUGUCAGAAGCACAACACAGGUGGCUGAGACCUGCUGAGAUUUGUGAAAUUCUUCGGAAUCAUCAGAAGUUUCAUAUUGCUUCGGAGCCUCCCAACCGACCACCCAGUGGUUCACUCUUUCUAUUUGAUAGGAAGGUGCUCAGAUAUUUCCGAAAAGAUGGGCACAAUUGGAGGAAGAAGAAAGAUGGGAAAACGGUGAAAGAGGCUCACGAAAAGCUCAAGGUAGGAAGCAUUGAUGUGUUACAUUGUUAUUAUGCACAUGGAGAAGAUAAUGAGAACUUCCAGAGACGGUGCUACUGGAUGCUUGAACAGGAUCUGAUGCACAUUGUGUUCGUUCACUACUUGGAGGUUAAGGGUAACCGGAUGAGUACCAGUGGAACUAAAGAAAACCAUUCAAAUUCUUUGAGUGGCACCGGUUCUGUAAAUGUUGAUUCAACAGCAACCCGAUCCAGCAUAUUGUCACCAUUAUGUGAAGAUGCUGAUUCUGGGGAUAGUCGUCAAGCAAGUUCCAGUUUGCAACAAAAUCCUGAACCUCAAACAGUUGUUCCUCAGAUAAUGCAUCAUCUGAAUGCUAGCACAAUGAAUUCUUAUAAUACGACCUCUGUUUUGGGAAAUCGAGAUGGUUGGACGUCAGCUCCUGGCAUUGGAAUUGUUUCGCAGGUUCAUGGGAACAGAGUCAAAGAAAGUGACUCCCAAAGAUCAGGUGAUGUCCCAGCAUGGGAUGCUUCCUUUGAGAAUUCAUUGGCAAGAUACCAGAAUCUAUCUUAUAAUGCUCCGUUGACUCAGACACAGCCUUCUAAUUUUGGGUUGAUGCCCAUGGAAGGGAAAACAGAGAAAGGUUCCCUGUUAACGGCAGAGCAUCUGAGAGAUCCUCUUCGAAAUCAAAUUCCUGUUCAGGAAAGCGUGCCAUUGCAAAAAUGGCCUAUGGAUUCGCAUUCAGGAAUGACUGAUGCUACUGAUCUUGCCUUAUUUGGGCAAGGAGCACAUGAAAAUUUUGGGACAUUUUCCAGUCUUCUUGGCAGUCAAAAUCAGCAGCCUAGUAGUUUUCAAGCUCCUUUUACAGAUAAUGAAGCAGCAUAUAUACCUAAAUUAGGCCCCGAGGAUCUUAUAUAUGAAGCAAGUGCAAACCAAACGCUACCUCUUAGAAAAGCAUUGUUAAAAAAGGAGGAUAGUUUGAAAAAGGUUGACAGUUUUUCUCGGUGGGUUAGUAAAGAACUUGGGGAGAUGGAAGACUUGCAGAUGCAAUCUUCAUCUGGAGGUAUUGCAUGGACUUCUGUUGAAUGUGAAAAUGCAGCAGCUGGGUCUUCCUUAAGUCCUUCUCUGUCCGAGGAUCAGCGCUUCACUAUGAUCGACUUUUGGCCCAAAUGGACUCAGACAGACUCAGAAGUUGAGGUAAUGGUUAUUGGGACAUUUCUGUUGAGUCCUCAGGAAGUAACUAGCUAUAGCUGGUCAUGCAUGUUUGGAGAAGUGGAGGUUCCGGCUGAUAUUUUAGUAGAUGGUGUUCUUUGUUGUCAUGCUCCGCCACAUGAAGUCGGUCGAGUCCCGUUCUAUAUAACAUGUUCUGACAGAUUUUCUUGCAGUGAAGUACGAGAAUUCGAUUUCCUUCCUGGGUCAACCAGAAAGUUAAAUGCUACUGACAUUUAUGGUGCCAAUACAAUUGAAACAUCACUUCAUGUGCGGUUUGAAAAUUUACUGGCUCUCAGAUCUUCUGUUCAGGAACACCAUAUAUUUGAAAAUGUUGGGGAGAAACGAAGAAAAAUCAGCAAAAUCAUGUUGCUAAAGGAUGAAAAAGAGUCUCUUCUCCCGGGAACAAUUGAGAAAGAUCUAGCAGAGCUGGAAGCAAAAGAGCGACUGAUUAGGGAAGAGUUUGAAGAUAAGUUAUAUUUGUGGCUCAUCCAUAAGGUGACUGAAGAGGGCAAGGGUCCGAAUAUAUUAGAUGAAGAUGGACAAGGUGUUCUACACCUUGCUGCAGCGCUUGGGUAUGAUUGGGCGAUAAAGCCAAUUUUAGCAGCAGGAGUUAGCAUCAACUUCCGUGAUGCAAAUGGGUGGUCUGCUCUUCACUGGGCUGCAUUCAGUGGCAGGGAGGAUACUGUCGCCGUACUUGUCUCUCUCGGUGCUGAUGCUGGAGCAUUGGCAGACCCAUCUCCAGAACAUCCUUUGGGGAAAACAGCUGCUGACUUGGCUUAUGGAAACGGACACAGGGGAAUAUCGGGUUUCCUUGCAGAGUCAUCCCUCACUAGCUACCUUGAAAAACUAACAGUGGACGCUAAGGAAAACAGCUCUGCUGACUCCUCUGGAGCAAAAGCUGUUCUAACAGUAGCUGAGCGAACAGCUACUCCUAUGAGUUAUGGUGAUGUACCAGAAACACUUUCGAUGAAGGAUUCACUUACUGCUGUCUUUAAUGCUACACAAGCAGCUGAUCGUCUUCAUCAAGUGUUCAGGAUGCAGUCGUUCCAGCGGAAACAGCUCUCUGAACUUGGUGACGACAACAAAUUUGAUAUAUCCGAUGAGUUAGCUGUUUCUUUUGCAUCUGCAAAGACUAAGAAGCCAGGACACAGUAAUGGUGCUGUUCAUGCUGCUGCAGUUCAAAUCCAGAAAAAAUAUCGUGGUUGGAAGAAGAGAAAGGAGUUCCUUCUGAUCCGACAAAGAAUUGUCAAGAUUCAGGCUCAUGUGAGAGGACAUCAAGUCCGAAAACAAUACCGGGCCAUUAUUUGGUCCGUAGGAUUGCUUGAGAAAAUCAUCUUGCGAUGGAGGCGUAAAGGUAGUGGCUUACGCGGUUUCAAACGUGAUACAAUCACCAAGCCAACAGAACCUGUAUGUCCUGCCCCACAAGAAGAUGACUAUGAUUUUCUCAAGGAAGGAAGGAAACAAACAGAGGAAAGGCUUAAAAAGGCUCUAACUCGAGUGAAGUCUAUGGCUCAAUAUCCAGAGGCACGGGCUCAAUACCGUAGACUGUUGACUGUCGUUGAAGGCUUCCGUGAGAACGAGGCAUCUUCUAGCUCAGCUUUGAAAAACAACACAGAGGAAGCUGCAAACUACAACGAGGAAGACGAUUUAAUCGACAUUGAUUCUCUUUUGGAUGACGACACUUUCAUGUCUAUUGCAUUUGAAUGAUGAUCACUGCAAGUGCGAAAGAAAGAAAACCGUACAUAAACACCCAUCUUGGUAUACCAUCGUCAUCAACAAUGCUUUCUAACUUUUUUCAUUUUAGGUUUCCAUGUAAAUACAGAUGGAAUAGAAAU